AAAGAGAGUUGCAAUGGCGGAGAAAGGAAAAUCAAGAAUCAAUCGAACAAGAAGCAAUUUUGUAAAACGCCAGGAGGGAAAGGAAUUUGUUGUCCAGAAUAGUUCAAAUCGAAGUGCAAGUCACUCUGUCCUAGAAACGGCUGACGCUAAUUCGGUCACGUUUAACGCUGAUCGCGUACCGACAUUCUUCCCAGCCAACAACCAAACAGAACCACAAAAUGACUUUAAACCAACGAAACCAAAACUGUGGUUAAAGAGGAAAAGCGCCUCUAAACCCCGUUCUGCAAAGGACAGCGGUGAACCCGCUAAACCGAUCUAUUCAGAUGUUGUAGCUAGAAGGAAUCAAUCCGCUUCAAGUCGCUAUUCAGAGAGGUUUUAUUCCACAACAGACUCAGCAACGUCCUUCAGUGAAGAUGACACAGAUCACAAGAAAGACGCGACUAAAAAGCCACUGAAAGGUAAUUCAAAUAUGGUUCACGAAAGACAAGUUCAACCAACCCGCGGUAAGAAUUCUUAUGCCGACGAUUUCAAAACAAAGUCGAAAAAAGUUGCCUUCAGCAAUGCAGCUGAUGAAGGUGAAGAAAUGAAAAUUGUAAACGGUCCCAAGAGAAAAUCUCGCAAUGAAAGAAGCCUUAGCGGAGAUGUUAGAAAUACGAAUAGAAGAUUUGCUAUUAGCAAUGAUCAAAGUAAUUCCAAGGAUGUACUACCAAAAGAUAACAAAGAUCGAGUGGUUGUUGUUUCAAGUGAAGAAACAUCCUCGAAGCCAAAGGAAGACAGGAAUAACACCAAGACAAAACCAAAAUGGAAUGGGAAUUUCUCCAAGGAUAACUCUACACGUUAUGGAUAUGCUGCAAGAAAUAAUAACUUAAAAGCGAGUGGAGCCGCGGUCGAUAAUACACCAUCAGUUGAAAAGACUACAGCCAACACGAACGCCCCUAGAGCAGGUACAACCAAGACAGAACGUUUUCAAAGGCGUGAGCCAGUCAAGAGCGAGAGUGACAUUGCAAAGGCUAAACAAACUGAAAGUCUUCAAACAGAUAACCAUACAACACACCUUGAUGGAACCGUAUCCUUGAUGAAUUUAGAUGCUUUAAGACAGAAGCACCCAGGUUGCUGCAAUGAGUGUAUCAUAGCAAGAGCCGAAAGUGCGGACGUGACAAACACGCCCCAAGAUAGGCCCAAGAUAUUGGACACCCUGAAGACAAACAUGUUAACAAGUUCAGACAACGAAGAAGAACAGGUCGAAGGAAUCAAAACCAGCCUCACCUUUAUUAACGACGCCAUGGCAGCGCUUCAAAUCAUGCAAAGACUCAUUGAAAAUGUUGGAAGCACUAGGGAUUUCCUGACGCAGUUUUAUGACAGUCUAGGUAAGACACGGGAUGUUGCAAGGUGCAGACGAAGCGCUAGUAGUUCCAGCGAGGAAAUUGUCGAGAGUUCGUUUAGUGAUGUGGAAAGAGAUGAAUGGUUUGGUAAUGUUUCUGACGAGGAGGAUGUUGAUGAGGCUGUCAGUAAUGAACAAGUCAAGACUAAAUCAGUAUCAACAAGCAACGGUGACGCGAAUAAGGGCGUAGCUGAAUCACAUGAUCAUUGUCAAUCAAGUUUGAAGUCUAGUUUUAGACCAAGAAAAUAUGUGAAGAAAGACCGUGACAGAAACCUUUUGGAGUUGAGCAAAGAAUGGGAAAAGAGGAAUACCAUAAGAAAACCAUCCAAAGGGCAAAGCAAGAAUUAAAUGACCAAUUUUAUCAAAAGAUGUAAAUAUGUUUAACUGUAAAUUCAGUGUAAUAAAAGUCUUACUCUUUG